UUGCCUCUUUAAUCAGGACAACAGUUUUCAGCUGUGCUAACAUAAUUGCAAAAGGGUUUUCUAAUGAUCAAUUAGCCUUUUAAAAUAAUCAACUUGGAUAAGCUAACACAACGUAGGCACCCCCGGUUCCAUCCGCAGCGACCCAGGACUGACGUCACCACAGAGUUUGGGAACAGACAGAUAUAGGGAAUGUAAUGACACAAGUAAUUGAGUCCACGUGAGUCCAAUGAUUGCUGAUGUGUGUGACGGGGGGAAGGCAGGUGUGCGUACUGAUUGUGUCUUGAGUGCGUAAUGCCCCUCGAGCGCCAGGGGAGGAAGAGCAGGAGCAGGUGUGACUGCAAUGACGAGUCAGCCUAUAGGGAGGAGACAGCUCUCGAAAUGGUCUCAAACUGGUCGGUGGACCCUUUAAUGGAGUGUAACCACACAGCAGCCUGGAAUUGGGUGUACUCCAUCCAGCCAGUUUACAUGUCCGUCAUCUGCCUGCUGGGAAUGGUGGGCAACACCUUCGUGCUGUGUGUGUUCUGCUUCCAGAAGAGACACAGCACAGUGGCAGACAUCUACCUGGGGAACCUGGCUGCUGCAGACCUCCUCAUGGUGUCCUGCCUGCCCUUCUGGGUGGUGGCGGUCAUACAGGAGUUCCACUGGCCAUUUGGUAAGCUUAUGUGUCAGCUGGUGAACAUUGUCAUUGGGAUGAACUACUACUGCAGUGUCCUGUUCCUUACGCUGGUGAGUGUGGACAGGUACCUGGUGCUGGCACGUCCCCUGUCGUCCCAGGGCAGGGGAAGAAAACCAGCCUGGGCCAGCGGGAUCUGCCUGGUUGUCUGGGUGGUGGGCGCUCUUCUCAGCCUCCCAGCCCUGCUCUUCCGAUCCGUCCAGUUCUUCCCCCAACUGGGGGUGGAGGCGUGCUACAUGGCAUACCCCCACGACGGCUGGAGGCUGCGCUACAACCUGACCGUCAACAUAGUGGGCUUUCUGGUUCCUAUACCCGUUGUGUCCUUCUGCAGCUACCACAUCAUCAGUGUCCUACGGGACAACCAGGCGAGCAGGAUGAGGAGCACGACGGCGGCAGGCACAGAGAGGAAGGCCGCCCACCUGGUGCUUAUCGUCCUGGCCAUCUUCAUCCUCUGCUGGCUGCCCUACCAGGUCGUCAUCUUCCUGGAUACCCUGUAUUACUAUGAGGUCAUCUCUGGCUGCGGCUGGGUGGAUGUAUUAGAAAUCAGCACUCAACUGGCUACCUACCUGGGCUACAGCAAUAGCUCACUGAACCCUUUUCUGUACGUGAUUGUGGGGAAGCACUUUAAGCAGAGGGCAAGAGGGGUAUGUAGACAGAUGAUGUGCUGUGGAAAGGGAAGGAAGUCCUAUCAUAUUGUCAAUCUCAACUCCACCAUUAAGUACACAGACUCCACUAAGGUAUGAUUUAUAAACCCCAAACAACCAUGUCAUUUUAUGGCACAUAUUUCUGCACUAGCAUCACUGUUUUGUGUAACAGCAACUUGUGAAUGUGUUUUGUGUUUACAUUGUAUUUAGCUUUUGUGUGUUUUCUUUAAAUCAAAUCAAACUUUAUCUGUCACAUGCGCCGAAUACAAGUGUAGACCUUACCGUGAAAUGCUUACUUACUAGCCCUUAACCAACAUCUCAGUUAACAAGAGGUUAAGAAAAUAUUUACAAAAUAA